AUGGUCGGGGUUCCAGGAAAGUCUCAAGGCUGCAACACUUGCAGGAGGAGAAAAGUCAAGUGCGAUCUCGAGAAGCCACAUUGCCGACGGUGCGUCUCGUCCGCCAGACAAUGCGAAGGCUACGAGCGGUAUGCGGUCUUCAUCAAUCGCGGCCAGCAGGGACUCCAGAAGAGAGAACGACUGGAGGAAGCGAGGAUCCCGACGACUAGCAUUCCAUCUGCAUUGGGCUUUCAAUAUGCGAAUACGCCGCUGAAUUUCAGUCCUUCGCCCCGUCAAGCCAAUGAAACCCAGCUGAUCUCCUCGUUCUGGGAGACCUACUGCGCAAGCGCCACUCGAUACCCAGCUCCAACCGAGCCGGCCUGGCUCUAUCGAUCAAUUAGCAGUGCGACGACCCCAACUACAGUUACAGCCGCACCCUCAAUGCUGCUCAAGCAAGCGCUACUUUCCCUUGCGUACAUCCGUAUUGGUAGACUGAACGAUGACCAAGCGUUGAUCAUCAGGGGUCAGCAGAUCUACGGCCAAAGCCUGCGCUUGAUGCAGCAUGCCCUACGCGACCCGGUUCUCGCCCACAACGACGAUAUCCUCGUCGCUGCGCGAUGCAUGGUCUUGUACGAGUCAUUCGAAUCCACGUCCGGGGACAUGGCCGCGUGGGAGAACCACAUUCUGGGGAUCGCGCGCAUCAUUCAUCUCCGGGGUGUGCACCAAACCCGCGACCCCAUCUCCCGCUCAGUGCUUGAGUCGAUACGCUACAACGUGAUGAUUGUGUCAUUGAUGCGGAGCACCUCCUGCUUUCUUGGGGAGUCAGAAUGGUUGACUGUGCCGUGGGCGGGAGUGUCCAAGUCCCUCGACCAGAGAUUGUUCGACUAUGGUUUUACACUGGCCUACAUGAUGCAGAGGAGCGAGACCAUCUCGAUGUCAACGUCACUAUCAGUGCCAUCCCAGCACCGGCACCAGGAACUCCACCAAUCAGCAUCGAAGCGACAAACCAUCAUUGACAUCCUCGAGCAAACCCUAUCGUGCUAUAUCGGCCUCGCAAACCUGCGCUCCGAGCUGUUAGCGACGCGGAGACAAAAGUUGCGAGUCGUGAAUCCACCAUCGAUUCAGAGUCAACAACUGUAUGACGAGGACACCACCACCGACGAGCAGCAUAUGCACCUCGCGCGUGCCGAUAACGAUCCUCAAGCCAUAAGCUUCGCCAUCCUCCUCGCUCUCGAACUGUCAUUCUCCAUCUUCGCGACCGCGCUGGUCCAGCACCUUCCUGACGAUCACGAUCACGAUUACGCCCACGGUCACGGUCACGAUCACGGUCGCGAUCUCGGCCACGACCCUACCCGCCACUCGCCUCGCGACCUCUUCGCCCAGCUCGCAGAAUAUAUGGCCCCCGCACGACGACUACAACUAGGCCAGCAACUUCUCCGACACCUGCAACUCUGCUGUGCAGUGCGAUCGGAACACCUGCGCCCAAGGAUCAUUUUCCCCCUCAACGUCCUGCGAUGGGAGAUGCGGCAUCGUCCGGCCGAGGCGGCACAGGUGCGGGCCUUGUUCGAGGCCGUCGCGUCGCGAGGCAAGUUUCGGAUCGCCAAGGGGGCGCAGAAUGCAGGGACGGAGAUUGUGCCCGGGAUUGUUUUGGAGUCUGAGAGAUAA